AUGGCGAUAAUCGCUAUGAGUUUUGGCCAGCGCGUGAAGGCUUUGUCCCAAGCUGCGUUUAAUGUCCGGAAAGUUCAUGAGAUGUGGCCUGAGAAGCAUAUCAUCAUGACUGAGGCAUGUCAGGAGUCUGGUCCUCGCAUUUGGGAUUGGAAGCUUGGGGAGCGGUAUGCAGAAGCAAUCAUCCAGGAUUUGGAGGGAUGGCUCGAAGCCUGGAUCGAUUGGAACUUGAUACUGGAUGAGACUGGCGGCCCAAAUCAUGUGAACAACUUGGUUUCAGCGCCGGUCAUCUACGACACAGCCAGAGAUCGGCUGGUUUUCCUCUCAUCCUUCUACUACAUAGGUCACUUCUCGCGCUUCAUUGUACCUGGAGCUCAGCGCAUUGCGGUCGCCAGCAAUCGGGACAAGCUGAAGGCCACUGGCUUCAUGAACCCUGACGGGAGUGUGGUGACCGUGGUGCUGAACCAGGAAGACUACAACAUUGAGUUCUUCUUGCAGGUGGCUGGAAGAGCCGCGCCAACGCAGGUCCCAUCACGUUCAAUUGUGACAUUUCGUUUUCAUUCAAACGAUGUCAAUUGA